AUGGCUCUAACUAUUGGUGCUGUUACGCUUGUAGCUUCUAUUCCUUUAGCACUUACUGACAGUGUAUCAAAUAUGCACACUGUUGAAUCGCGGGAAUUUGAGCAUCACAGUUUACAACGACGUGAUCCUUAUUAUGUACCCAUUGGAAUGGAAAGUCAUGUUUACUAUGUUUCUACUGCUAUGAAACGAGGAUUGUUUCCUACCGACUCCAAUCGUGGGCACUUUGUGCAGCAUUAUCGUAAAAACUAG